UGAUUGAAGAAUGCUGGAAACCAAAUUGACAUAUUUGUUAACUAAAUGUGAAACAUCGAACCAGGCAAGGCAAAUCCACGCACAGAUCUUCACUAACGGUCUUACCCACCUCGAGCCCGUCUUGCUACAUCAAAUCCUUCUCUCUGCACGCAACUCCUCACACAUCAUCGGUCAAUACGUCCAACAAAUCCUCAAGCGAUUGCGAGACCCUGAUGUCUUCUCAUGGUCCUUCACCAUUCGAUACUUCACCCAGCACGGCAGAUUUAAAGACGCCAUUGCUCUCUAUGCCCAAAUGCAGAGAUUGGGGCCAAGCCCCACUACCUUUGCUGUUUCAUCAGGCCUCAAAGCAUGUGCUCGAAUUGCAGACAGUAAGAACGGGAAAGCAAUCCAUUCGCAGGUUCACAAGUAUGGAUAUAGUGGAGAUGUUUAUGUGCAGACCGCUCUUGUCGAUUUGUAUUCAAAAUUGGGUGAUAUGGAGACUGCACAGAGAGUGUUCGAUGAGAUGUCUGACAGGAAUGUCGUUUCGUGGAAUUCAAUUCUGUCUGGGUAUUUGAAAGCAGGGGAUUCGGAUAUGUCCCAGAAGGUUUUCAAGGAAAUUCCAAUGAAAGAUGUGGUCUCCUGGAACUCAAUGAUAUCUGGGUAUGCAAAAGCUGGGGAUAUGGAGAGUGCAAAUUUUUUGUUCCAGCAGAUGCCUGAGAGAAAUGCUGCCUCUUGGAAUGCAAUGAUUAGUGGGUAUGUUGAUUGCGGGAACAUAGAAACAGCUCGGAGAUUUUUUGAUGAGAUUCCAUGUAGAAGCAACGUAUCUUGGAUUACUAUGAUAUCCGGGUACUCAAAGAGUGGCUAUGUUGACUCUGCUCAAGAGCUCUUUGAUCAAAUGGAUCAAAAAGAUCUGCUCUCAUGGAAUGCCAUGAUUUCUUGCUAUGCUCAAAACAAUCGGCCGAAGGAAGCUCUCCGAUUAUUCAAUAAGAUGCAAGAACCCAAUGUCGGUGUACAACCUGAUAAGAUGACUUUGGCCAGUGUUAUAUCUGCAUGUUCUCAAUUGGGGGAUUUGAGAUAUGGACCGUGGAUUGAGGCAUUCAUAAAGAAACUUGGAAUUGAGUUUGAUGAUCAUUUGGUUACAGCUCUAAUUGACCUGUAUGCAAAAUGUGGUAGCAUAGAUAAAGCACAUGAGCUCUUUUGUGGCUUGCGAAAUAGGGAUUUGGUUGCUUAUAGUGCAAUGGUUUUAGGCUAUGGCAUCAAUGGAAAAGCUUUAGAUGCGAUUCGGUUAUUUGAAGAGAUGAGAAAUGCUAAGAUCUGUCCCAACUCAGUAACAUUCACUGGAAUUUUAACUGCCUAUAAUCAUGCUGGUUUGGUUGAAGAAGGUUGCCGAUGCUUCACUUCCAUGAUGGAAGAGUAUGGAUUUCUGCCCUCGGCUGAUCACUAUGGAGUCAUGGUUGAUCUUCUUGGACGGGCUGGAUGGUUGGAAGAGGCCUAUAAACUAAUAAACAGUAUGCCCAUGCAGCCUCAUGCUGGGGUUUGGGGGGCAUUGCUUCUUGCUUGCCGGUUACAUUCCAAUGUUGAACUUGGGGAGAUUGCAGCCCAACAUUGCUUUGAGUUGGAGCCUGAUACAAGUGGAUACUAUUCUCUUUUAGCAAAUCUAUAUGCUUCUGUUGGUAGGUGGGAUGAUGCCAAGAGAUUAAGAAAGGUGAUGGAGGAGAAAGGAAUGACCAAAAUUCCUGGAUGUAGCUGGAUGGACUCAACUUAGAUUCCUUCUCUUUCGAUAUUAAAUCUAUGAUUUCUUACUUGAA